AUAUACUGGCCCAAAUCAAUUAGCAAGCGAACUUUUGUAAUUAUUUCAAUGUCGGUGGUUACAUUUCAUUUUUGUUAUCCUACCACCGCAUGUCCACGGCGACCACCACUUUGCAGAUCGCCGGCAGGGUCCAUUUGGCACACCCUCAGCCGAAGUCUCCUUCCAAUUCCCAAUUAAUCACUGAAGCGUAAACUCGAUGCGUUGAAUCCGCAGGAUAACAAGAGCAGAGUUGUUGAAUCUUAACCAUGAGGAGAGCUGGCUUCCACAGACAGCAUGGGAGGCACACUGGAGGCUCAGGAAUGAAAGGAAUGAUUGUGAAGUUAUCUCUUGCUGCUGUAGUGCUCUUGAUCUGCACGCUCUCCUUGUUCUUCUCUUCAACGGGAACUUCGAAUGUUCAAUCCAGCUAUCGCUCCGAGAUCCAUGUAGAAGAGCUCUGGAGCAACGCUGAUUCCGGCGGUUGGCGCCCAUCGUCUGCUCCGCGAACUCAUUGGCCUCCUCCUCCGAAUGAGAGCAAUGGCUACUUGCGCGUUCGAUGUAACGGUGGACUGAAUCAACAGCGUAGUGCGAUCUCCAAUGCUGUUCUUGCUGCACGGAUCAUGAAUGCUACGCUAGUGCUACCCGAGUUGGACGCGAACUCUUUUUGGCAUGACGACAGUGGCUUCCAUGGUAUUUAUGAUGUUGAGCAUUUUAUCAAAACACUGAGGUAUGAUGUUAAAAUUGUGGAAAGCAUUCCAGAAAAUCAGAAAAGUGGCAAAAAAAAGAAAAUAAAGGCUUUUCAGCUUCGUCCUCCUAGAGAUGCUCCUAUAAGUUGGUAUACUAAUGAUGCUUUGAAGAAGAUGAAGGAACAUGGGGCAAUCUAUCUUACUCCCUUUUCACAUCGCUUAGCUGAAGAAAUUGACUAUCCUGAGUACCAAAGAUUGAGGUGUAGAGUCAACUAUCAUGCUUUAAGAUUCAAGCCACAUAUCAUGAAGCUAAGUCAAUCAAUUGUUGAUAAGCUUCGAACACAAGGUCCCUUUAUGUCUAUACAUCUUCGGUUUGAGAUGGACAUGUUGGCAUUUGCUGGAUGCUUUGAUAUAUUUACGCCCCAGGAGCAAAAGAUUUUGAAAAAGUAUCGAGAAGAAAAUUUUGCACCUAAAAGACUUGUCUAUAAUGAAAGAAGGGCUAUUGGGAAAUGUCCGUUGACUCCGGAGGAGGUUGGUCUUAUUCUGCGUGCAUUGGGUUUUGACAAUUCGACUAGGAUAUAUCUUGCAGCUGGUGAAUUGUUUGGAGGGGAACGAUUUAUGAAACCAUUUCGAAGUUUGUUCCCUCGACUCGAGAAUCAUUCUUCUGUGGAACACUCUGAAGAGCUUGCUGAAAACACUAGGGGAUUGGCUGGUUCUGCUGUGGAUUACAUGGUCUGUCUUCUUUCUGACAUUUUCAUGCCAACUUAUGAUGGCCCUAGCAACUUUGCCAACAAUCUCCUUGGACAUCGUCUAUAUUAUGGCUUCCGUACUACAAUCCGACCUGAUAGAAAAUCUCUUGCCCCAAUCUUCAUCGAUAAGGAGAAUGGGCGGACAGCUGGUUUUGAUGAAGCUAUUAGGAAGGUCAUGCUCAAAACAAACUUUGGAGAACCUCAUAAGCGUGUUUCUCCAGAGUCUUUCUAUACUAAUUCUUGGCCUGAAUGCUUCUGCCAAACAUCUGCAAAGAACCCCGCAGACAAAUGUCCCCCAAAUGACAUUUUAAAUAUUAUGAAUGACGAAUUAGAGAAAACUGAGACACACGCUAAUUCUACAAUAUCUUGAACCUAGGUUGUGGCAUUGGAUUAAUGGUUCUUUAACUCCGAAGUAAUGAACUUCUGUGGGCCUAGGGGAACAAGAAUGAAGUUCUAUUACUGGAACUCCAGAUUUGCAGGUGAUCAUUUUUGUCUCAUACUAUUUAUUCUACCGAGGGAAUGAUGUAGUUAAACAAGAGAGUCCAAUAUGCUGAUUCGAAUAGUUACAUUCUUUAGCUUCUUGUAGACUAUAGGAGGAAGAUCCCACUGAUGGUUAAAGAGAUGGCUAUGUUACCGGGCUUUACUUAGGGAAAAGAAAUCAAAUUAUAAAUGUAUUUGUUCACUUCUCAGCCUGAGAAAGGUACUUCAAAGUUACCUAGGGAAUGAUGAAAACUCUGGCAAAUUUAUGUUAGAUAUUUGGAGUGCUGGAAAAAUAAAAAUGUGUUAAAUUUAUGGUUUUA